AUCUUUUUUCACACUUCAUCCAAAUUCCAAUUUCGCAUUUCUAUUUUACUCAUUCCCUCCAUUUUCGGAUCACAAAAAAAGAAGAAACAAUGGAUUCCACCACCACCACAACAACCACAACCACCAAAGGUGCCGGUGGAAGAAAAGGCGGCGAAAGGAAGAAAGCCGUUUCAAAAUCCUCCAAAGCCGGUCUCCAAUUCCCCGUUGGUCGUAUCGCUAGGUUCAUGAAGAAAGGUCGCUAUUCUCAGCGUGUUGGCACCGGUGCUCCGAUCUACCUCGCCGCCGUUCUCGAAUAUCUCGCCGCCGAGGUUCUUGAAUUGGCUGGGAAUGCUGCAAGAGAUAACAAGAAGAACAGAAUUAACCCUAGACACGUGUGUCUUGCUGUGAGGAACGAUGAUGAAUUAGGAAAAUUGCUUCAAGGUGUGACAAUUGCUAGUGGUGGAGUUUUGCCAAAUAUAAACCCUGUGUUGUUGCCAAAGAAAACCGCUGCUGCUGAGAAAACUACCAAUUCCCCUAAGAAAUAGAUUUGUCAAUUGUAUAAUCUCCCUUACUUUUUAAUUAGGUUUUUUUUUAAUUGAAGUGCAUUUACAUGGCUUCAACUGUAGAUGUAAUUUUCCCUCAAAACUUUAGAUGUAAUUUGUUUUUAAUUUCAUUUAGAUCUAACUAUUUUCGUUGGAUGAUAAAUGUAGUGGUUUGUUAAAUAUGAA